CAACAGCAGCAGCCCUGCCUCCUCCGACACAGCCCGGACACCACCGUACAUCACACCGCCAGGGUCCUCAUCGUUUUGGAUAAUAUAAUAUCUGCUGGGGGACGUUUUUAUUUUGAGCUGCGUCGUUAAAAAGCGUGGUCGACAGUGCGCUCAGGAGCACACUCAUGCCAGACGAGGCAGGACGGGGAGUAAAAACACUUUAACUGGGACAGCGUGGAGCCGACCGUCACGUUCAGCUGGUGGAGCAAGGACCAAAAACUCAGGGAUAUGUCCAACAACGCUGGAAGAGGUCAUGGGGGUCUUAACCAACUAGGUGGAAUGUUUGUUAAUGGACGUCCACUUCCGGAGGUAAUCCGGCAACGCAUUGUAGACAUGGCCCACCAAGGGGUUCGGCCUUGUGACAUCUCCCGGCAGCUCCGAGUCAGCCACGGCUGCGUCAGCAAGAUCCUGGGACGUUACUACGAGACAGGCAGCAUCAAGCCUGGCGUGAUCGGGGGUUCCAAGCCCAAGGUGGCCACCCCAAAGGUUGUGGAUAAAAUCGCAGAUUACAAGAGGCAGAAUCCCACCAUGUUCGCCUGGGAAAUCAGGGACAGGCUGCUGGCGGAGGGAGUGUGUGACAGCGACACGGUGCCCAGCGUGAGCUCCAUUAACAGAAUAAUUCGAACAAAGGUCCAGCAGCCAUUCAAUCUGCCUCUGGAUGGAAAAGGCCUGAGUCCAGGGCAAACCUUAAUCCCGAGUUCAGCAGUCACCCCUCCCGAGUCUCCACAUUCAGACUCUUUGGGCUCCACCUACUCCAUCAGUGGCUUGUUGGGAAUCCCCCAACCCAGUGCCGAGGGCAAGAGGAGCCACGAUGAUAGUGAUCAGGAGAGUUGUCGACACAGCGUGGACUCUCAGGGGAGCGGAGGCGUCCCGAGGAAACAGAUGAGAGUGGAUCACUUCUCACCCGCUCCACAUCUGGACUGUGGGUUUGAUCGUCACCACUAUCCCCCAGACUCCUUUGGCUCUGCCUCCAGCAGUAAGACAGAGCAGACUUUGUACCCACUGUCCCUCAUUAAUGGCAGCCUAGAUGAAGCCAAGACCAGCCUCUCAACAUCCAGCUCCGCCAUUGGACGGAAUCUGACUGCGCACCAGAGCUACGCCAUGGUGACUGAGCCCCUACAGUCCCUGCCGCUCUGUCUAAAACAGGAAAUGUCCCCAGAAGUGACCAGCACAAGCCCCUCCCCAAACAUGGCAGUGUCCAACCUGGCAUUCGUGGAGUUGCAGGCGCUGCAGAAGCCUGUUUCUGUCAGCGGCAGCUGCAACAACUCCAACCAUUUCCCCAAUGCCUUCAACUCAUUCUCCCAUCAUGCCCCGGUGUACGGGCAGUUCAGCAGUCAGUCUAUCAUCUCAGGGCGUGACAUGGUGAGCUCCACCCUGCCUGGCUACCCACCUCACAUCCCCUCCCCUGCCCAGUCGGGAUACUCCACCUCUGCCAUCACCGGCAUGGUAGCAGCAGGCACAGAUUAUUCGGGUCAGACCUACAGCCAUUCGCCCUACACCUCCUACAGUGAAGCCUGGAGGUUCACCAACUCGAGCAUACUGGGUUCACCCUAUUACUACAGCACGGCCUCCCGCACCGCCCCACCGUCUGCAGCCGCCUACGACCACCUUUAGCCCCGAGACUGGAGAACUCUACAUCAGCUGACACAUUUGAUUACGGACCAAGGCAUGAAAGUCAAAACUGGAUGUGAACUUGAGACUCUGCUGAUGAACCAGCCACACGUUGUUGUUGUGUUUACCACACCUACUCGUAUGUUAUUUAUUUGUCAUCACUGGUACUGUUGGCCAGGGUAACUUUGACUCAUGCACGUUUACACAUUGCUAAAUCUCGUCUCACGCAGGGCCUGUUUCCAGAGACUCAGCCUGACGUCUCAUAUCAAGGUGCAUAUUUUCAGUAUAGAAUGCUGUUUUGGCCAAAGACUAUCUUUCUUCGUACAUCUGCAAUUUGACACUGAUCCAGUGAACACGGAUAUGCAACUUCUUUUUACUGAACUAUGCCUGCUUUUGUUUACAAUGCUUUCUGUCCUGUCAUCACACAUUAAUUCCUUUUUCUUGAUCUGUGUCUGCUUGCAAAUUCAUUUGUAUGACUUGUUUUCACUGUAAAUGCAGAUCUUUUCCUGUAGUGAAAAUGUACUAAAAGGUGACACGUUAAAUCACAAUUACAACGAAAUGCCCACAUAUGCCCCUCAGAGACAAUUCAUGUAUUUGUCCAGCAAUAUGUACAUAUUGUAAAUGAGGAAUUACUUAUGGGGAAGUGAUGCAAUUUUACUCAGAGAAUGAGUGAUGACGGAGGGGGAUGAUGGUGAUUCGGCUACAAAAACCAACAAGGCUUGAAAUACAUUUGUUUUGCUUCAAAUAAAUUUAGUUUGUUGUCAUGCUGAUGUUAUGAUGUUUGGUAAGAACUGUGACUAUUUUUUCUUAUACUGUUAUUAAUAUUAUUGCAGAUGUAAAUAAGGAAUUUCUAAAGAAUUAUUUUAAUUAAAGCAUGACAAAUUUA